AUGAAGAACUUUGACCUGAUCGAGCAUCUCUUCAAGUUGCGGGACAUUGGAGAGCUGUAUUUGGUCAAAUCAAAGGACAUUUAUGAAUGCAAAAUAGAACAAGAUUUGGAUGGGAAAAAAGCAUUUACAGGCAGUGCUGACACCAACAAGCGAUUUUUACACAUCAGAAAUGGAAAUAUACACGGAGUAUCGGAAGGCUUUUUUAAAUUUGAUAACCCAGCUGACUUUGCGCUGCCACGCAAUAACGAGUUUUACUUGGAUUUCUUCAAAAAUAUGAUGGAAUUGGAUACGGAAGCGUUUCUGAUGUACGUGAACAGCUGCAAUUUAGAUAAUAUGGUUUAUCCGCAAUAUCCUCCGCCAGUUCUCUCAAGUGAUAAAAUCUUCAGCAAUUAUAACUUUAAAAACGUGAUAACCUCGAGAAAAAACAGGAAGAAACUGAGGGAAAAACAUGUUCUCAACAGCAAAGAGAGAGCAGAGCUUGUGGGUAAACUGAAAACACUGUACGGUGUUGAGGAAUACGAUGAAAUUAUGAAAGAAGUGGAAUCGUUGUUUGAAAUACACAAAAUACUACGUAUGAGGCGGUUUUGCAGACUUAUUAUACACCGAUUAAAAUAUCCUCUGGUGCGAAUUAAGAAAUUUCUGCCGCUUGUUGCCUUUUUCCAGAAGGCUGGUCCAUGGAGAAGAUCAUGGAUCCAGAUCAACUACAAUCCGUGUGAGCAUUUCCUGUCGUAUAAGCACCAGGUAAUAAUUCUUAAUCGCAAAUCAACAGAGGUGUGCCUGAUUGAGCAUCCACACCUAAUUUUUUUGCUUGAGCAAAAUAAAGAAGAAAAUUUCAAAGAGCCUGCCGAUGAAAACGGAUUUCUGACCAACAAGGGAAUCGAUCUGAUAAAUUUAUACUUUGACAAGCCUUUGGUUCGGACAAAAAGUGCGAAAGAACGGAUACAAAACGGUAAUCACCUGGUAAAUGACAUUGAAGGUUUGGACAACGAACCCGAAAAAGACAGGGAGAACCGCGAAGACAGUGAUUUUGAGAUUUAUGAUUAGGAUUUUUUCGUGCGACACGAAUUAUUACACGACACAAACUAUUCUAUGAACAAAUUAUUAUACAGUACAAAUUAUGAUAUGAAUUAUGACACGAUAUGUCAACGUUUCGUUGAAUCAAAAUACUAAACUCAAAUGAGCCACCAAUUUCAUUGCCGGAGUACACCUCAACAUUCACGGCGCUGAACGAUGUUCGGCUGCCAGCCAAACACCAAAAAGCACACAACCUGGGAAUGCAGAAUUUUGUAACAACCGAUCGAAUAUAUUUUUCUUGUACCCGAAAAAUGAGCUUUAAUAAUUAAAUGCCAGGGGAUGCUCGUUAUCAGUCACUUUAAAGGGCGACUUGAGGUAUGUCUUCAUAAACUUCAUCUU